UUGUCUACUAUCCCUUUAACCCCCCAAUUUGACUAUUGUGUCCAAUGACAGUGACUUGGUUUUGCUGCAAAACAUCCUUUAAUGUCUCUAGAAGGAACAACAUAUGCACUACACUUUAAAAUAGCUAAUGUCUUGUUGCUUCAAACUCAUUGAAAACCAUACCUAUCAUUUCAUCUUCUGAUCAAGUUUAUGAAAUACUAUAAGCUUAAUGUUUGAUAUGAUCACACAAACACUGAUAGACUUUUCAAUAUUAAUACAUACUAUGUGCUCCCUUUCUGAUUCUUUGUAUAACAGUUUUCACAUAUCAGUCAGUAAUUGUCAUUUGUUAGUGUAAAUGAAUGUGUUUCGUCUAAAAUGACAAUGGGUCCAUUCAAGAUAAAGGGAACUUCUCUCUUUGUGUUGAAUAAAAGUUUAUGACAGAUGGCUUAUGCAUAAGGCAUGAUGAAAUUGACUAAGUUCCUUCCGGAUUUUCCAUGAAAUAGUAUAGUAUAAUAGAGUAGAGAAGGAGUAGUUUUACUGUGAAAUCCAUUCCCAUUUCUUUUCUUUGGUAUAAAUGUUGCAUUCUGUUUGGAUGCUUAUCUAUGUCUACAAUUCCUUCCGUAUGACUCUGUGGCUGUGGAGACACUGGAAAUUAGUUGAGGAUUCCCUUACUUUUGAGUGUUUAAUAUAUCUAAAGAUAAUGGUGCAAAAACUUUCUGUCAACGCCAUUAUGGUUUUGAUACUGAGAAGGUGAAAUAGAAAUAGAAAAUAACAGAUGCUAUAGUGUAUGAGAUUGGAACUCAGAUAUUAAAAAACAGAUUAAAAUCAACGGCGUUUUAACCUUUAGCAUGUUUCUAUAUACAAACCCUUAAUUUAACUUUGUCUGAGAAUCAUCUUCUUAUUCCCACUCUCACCUAAAAGUAGUGAGGAUUCUUAUAUUAGAACUAAUUAAUAUACAGAUUAGACCAGAAAAAAGAAAAUGUAUUUCUUUUUAUAAAGUCAUGAAUACUUGAUUUUUAAAUACAUGGUGGUGGGAUGCAAAUACGUAAUCAUUUUUCACUUUUACGACCUAACAAGAUUGAAUAAAAGGCUGCUGCACCUACCAUUCAGUGUUCUUGUACAUAAAAUAUGCAGAUUUUAUCAAACACAUGCCAAUACCAGUUGUUGAUUUUGCAAUAUAAUCUCAUGAUAUUGCAUGCUUGUUAUCUAUAUAUGAUGUGUGGAUUCGUUGAAUGGAGGGUCCCAGAAGAGGAUGGUUUAUGCAGUUUUUGCGUCCAUUGAGUUGCAUGACACGAAACACAAAAUCAUUAAAAUGUUGAGACACAUUGGAUGGUUUCAUGUUAGGAAGUUUCUUCAGUGAUUGGGCAACGAAAAGUGAGUUUAUCAGUCACUGAAUGAUUGCCACGUGGAAACCAACCCCAGCUGGUGGUUGAAGUUCGUUGCUGUUUUUGUGAUGUGUUUUGGAACAUGUUGCCCUAGCCACACGCAUACAUGCAUGUGCCUUGUUCUUGUUGGACAAGUGAACAAGGUCAUACUCAUACAUCUAUAUCCUUCUCUACCCUUUUGAAAUCUUCACCAUCUAACCCUUCUACGUAUAUCCUUUCCAUUCAUUCAUUUAUUCUUUUCACCAUUUUCUUCCUUUCUUUCUGCAUAAAACAAAAUCCCUUUUUCGUUCCGGUUAUGUUGACUCCACUAGCUAGUCUUGCUACUUUUCUACCUCUAUUGGAAGAUUAAUUUAAACCACAAAUUAAAUUAAGUCAAAUCAUAAAGAGAAAGAAGUUUUGUCAGAGAAGCUACUGUUCUGUAGGAACGAUAUCAAUUUUUAUCAAUUAUAAAGUCAAGUCUUACAUAAAAUUGAGAAAAUUGAUAUACAUUGAUGAAGACUGUAAACUUAAAGUUUUUGGUUAAAAUUGAUGUGAUUGAAAUAAGGUUUUAUCCAUGUUGUGUUUUUCUAUCACUAAAGUCCAUUAACAUGUGUAUGGAUGGAUGGAUUGGAUUUAUACUAAGAAUAGAUUAAGAUUGAAAAUAGAUCAAAUUUAAGGAGAAGAAUAUAAGUUAUAAUUACAUGAAAGAGAUGCACGACAUUCAGGUUACUCUAAUUAAUGUGCUGAAGACUAAUAUAAGAAAACUGAUAUGACUUCAUAUUUCAGUAUACUGCAAUAUAUGUAUAUACAUAUAUGUAUGUAUGUAUAUGUAUGUAUGGAAGUUGAAGAUAAUAUCGUGUUUUACAAUAAUGACAAAAACGAGGUAAGAAUUUUCAACUGAAACUGUUGAUUAUAAUGGAAGAAAUUAAGAAUGUGUAUGAUUUCUAAAAGGAAAAUAUUUACGUAACUGUUGGUUGUCAUAUUAGAGAUUAUUAUGAGUAAAAGUAAAUGCAAUUUGUGGAGUGAGUGUGUGCAGAUUCCUUUCAGGGUCGUUAUCUAUAUGACUUUGUGUACGAUGCCACCACAACAUGAUGCAUACAUCGUCACCUUAUAUAUAUCAAACACUUGUGUGGUAAAUGUUAGUGUUAUCAUCCUCUUCAAGAACACUUCAAAGGUAAUUGGUUUCUUUCUCUUUUUUGGUCUCUUCAAUGAAAUUGCAUAUCCUUAUACUGUAUUGUUAUUUCAUCAUGAAUUAGUAUUAUUGCAUGCAGUGGUGAUGAUGAGAACACCAAGCAGUGAUGAAAGUGGGUUGAAGAAGGGGCCAUGGAGCCCAGAAGAGGAUAAAAUACUAGUGGAUUACAUUCAGAAGCAUGGCCAUGGAAGUUGGAGAGCCCUUCCAAAGCUUGCAGGAUUGAACAGAUGUGGAAAAAGUUGCAGACUAAGAUGGACUAAUUACCUCAGACCUGAUAUCAAAAGAGGCAAAUUCUCUGAUGAAGAAGAGCAACUCAUCAUCAAUUUACAUGCAGUUCUUGGGAAUAAGUGGGCAGCUAUAGCAUCUCAUCUGCCAGGAAGAACUGAUAAUGAAAUUAAGAAUCUGUGGAACACACAUUUAAGGAAAAAGCUUUUGCAAAUGGGGUUAGACCCAGUGACUCACCGUCCAAGAACUGAUCACCUAAACCUUCUUACCAAUCUACAGCAGAUUUUGGAAGCUGCAAAAAUCGUCAGCAGUUUCACAAACCCUUGUGAAAUAAACAAUGCUCUAAGGCUACACUCAGAUGUCACGCAACUAGCCAAAUUCCAGUUACUGCAAAACAUGUUUGCCACUCCUUCUCCUUCCUCACUGACAGAUGGUUUUCUGCAUGAUGUUUUGGGGUUUAAUCAGUGUAAUAAUCUCCAAAACCUUCAUGAUGGUAAUUCAGUUUCUCAAAUCCUUCCCAAUUUCCAAAACUUUGAGGCCAUUCAGCAGCCUUCACCAUCAAAUUCCCUUCCAAAUCUGGUUUCUGCCUCCCCUGAACGUUCUCCAGUAAAAGCAGAAAAUGUUAAUGCAAACUCAAAGGAGUGUUCUAAUCCUUCUUCCACCACCUUUGAGUUAACGUGGGGAGAUUUCAUGGAGGAAGAUGCAACUGAUAAUUAUUGGAAAGGUUUCAUAGACCAACAUUCUAACCAGACAUGGUCAACAGUCCAAUGAAAAAGAUGCAUGGCAUUUAGAGUUUUCACAGAAAUAAAUAUGUACUAUUGUUAAUUUAGUUAAGGUUGUUUUGUGUGUAUUAAUUGACAAUGAAUUGAUUGAUCGAUUCCAGAUCUAAAUAUAGAAAAGCUUAUGCAUUGUAUAUUAUAAUGUAACAUGGAGAUUCAUCAUCAUCAUUAGAUUAUACACUAGACUGUGUGAUUUUCA